AGGAGGACAGACACACUCGCUCACAUCCUCAGCUGCAACGGACCGAGACGUUCGCUCUACCGAAGCAAAGUGUCUUCAAUCGUGUGUGUGUGCAUCGUACUCACUCGGACUAAUUGUACUCAUUCGACUGCACCAUGAUACCCUGUUGGAAACAAGUGACCACGGCGGCUUCCAUGAUGCUGCUGGUCAGCACACUCGUGGGUCUGUGUCCAGCCCUGGUGCUCGUUCAUCCGGUCGGCGUCGUGCCGCAGACGCCGGUGGUCUACCACUCGCCCAACGGGCAACCCCUGCUGCCCGUCGGAGGAGGGCCGCCGGUCAUUUACCACUACGGUCCCGGAGGCGUCAGCCCCGAACUGCAGCCUCCCGUCGUCCUCGUGCUUCCCGCAUAUCCGCCCGCGAACCAGCCUCCGAUGCAACCACCGUUCAUCGAGGAAGUGCCCCCCGUGUUCAAGAACCCGCCACCGGACCCGGAGGACACCCCGCCAGCCAAGAAGCCCAAGGUUCACGGACGCCGAGGCAACAACCAACCCGACUGUUUCGAGGUGGACAACAAGAAGGGCGUCGCACCGCCACCGACCCGCAAGCCUUCCAAGAAGGGCCGCGACUCCCAGACGAGGAAGUCCAUGAGGCCGCCCGCGGAGUCCACCACCAAGAGGCCGCCCAACAAGCUCAACCGUCGCGUCAACCCCAAGAGCGAACGCCUUACAAGCGAGAGGUUAACUAUGGCGAAGAACGCCUAAGUCUUUCUCGUCCGUCUGCGCUGAAUUACCUUGCUGCGGCGCGAUUUUCAACGGCGGCGGAUUCCGCCAUGUUGCCUUCUUCCGAUCGGCUCUAAAGCGCAGGGAGAAGCGCCCCCUGUUUCUUGUUUCAAAACGGCAACGUGGUGGAGCUCCGCUCUCGGUGAAAAGUUCGUAACACGGCUGGUUAUAUACGCAGAUGGUCUCGCGGGGCGUCGUCAGAUUGCUGCGAUGAUUUUCCUCUGUGCGGUUGUCUACAAUUAAGCAUGGUCUGAAUACUUUUGCAGCAGCCAUAAGCGCUGGAAACUAAGCCAUGAGCGUUGGAACUAACGGACAACUCAGAAGGUCGGUAUUAAAUGUUUUGCUACAUGGUGAAAAAUUCUUCCGAAAAAGGCAUUAGAAUCAGUAUCAAGCAGUCUGAAAAAAAAUUAGAUUAAUUAGCAGCAGGUGACCCGUCGGCAUUCACUUUAUGCUAACUUUGUAAUAAUAGACAUCACCUGACAAAGAAAAAAAAGCUAAAUGUGACGUCACUAGUGUCAGCACGCGUAUUCGUAAACGUUGGCCGGAGAUUGCGCCCAGAACAGUGCUAAUUUGCCAAAGUGCAGAUGUUUUAUGUUUUUUUUUUCAAACGCACAUUGAGGAAGCAUCAGCACGUUGAAGGUGAAUGCGGAUAUUGACGACUGCGCGAGCUUAAGUGACUCCGUGCAAGACACGGGGUGUUUUUAGUCAUUUGGCGUAAGCUUAGUCAUGAUUCACAUGACUAAGCAACCACGCUAGCUGCUUAGUCGUGACAUUUCUCACAUCCACAUUACAUUCCGUUCAUUCCAAGUUCAGCCGAUAGCCAGUGUUUCCGGGUUCCGAGCCAUCAAAGUGUCGACCUUUGUAUCUCUCACCCUGUAUAAAGCAAGACCCAGGGGCACCGGCGCGUCGGCACCGAUCGUCAUGCAUCAAUCAUCGCACAGUAAUUUAUCGAUAUUUUUGCAUUCAUUCUGAGUUUAUUAUUCUGUAAAUAAACUGACAUAAUUUAUCUACCA